AUGGCCUCCACCGAGACCGCUUCUCCCAUUGGUAUUGCCAAUAUCGUCGCGAAGCGGGGUGCGGCUUUCACCAUCAUGGUUGCUGGAGAGUCGGGACUGGGAAAGACCACGUUUAUCAACACUCUGUUCUCCACGACUAUCAAGAACUACGCCGACCACAAGCGUCGUCACCAGAAGCAAAUCGAUCGCACUGUUGAAAUCGAAAUUACCAAGGCCGAGUUGGAAGAGAAGUUCUUCAAAGUCCGCCUGACUGUCAUUGAUACCCCCGGCUUCGGAGACUAUGUCAACAACCGUGACUCCUGGCAACCCAUCAUUGAGUUCCUCGAUGACCAGCAUGAGUCUUACAUGCUGCAGGAGCAGCAGCCCCGCCGCACGGAUAAAAUUGACAUGCGUGUGCAUGCCUGCUUGUACUUCAUCCGCCCCACCGGCCACACCCUGAAACCCCUCGAUAUCGAAGUGAUGAAGCGUCUGAGCUCCCGCGUCAACCUGAUCCCCGUCAUCGCCAAGGCCGAUACCCUUAGCCCCGCCGAUCUUGCCCGUUACAAGCAGAGAGUCAAAGCCGUGAUCGAGGCCCAGGGCAUCAAGAUCUACACUCCCCCUAUUGAGGAUGAUGAUGAGCACGCUGCCGCCCACGCCCGCACCCUGGCGGCUGCUAUGCCCUUCGCUGUGAUUGGAUCCGAGAAGGAUGUGAAGACCAGCGACAACCGUGUCGUCAAGGGCCGUCAGUACGCCUGGGGUGUUGCCGAAGUCGAGAACGAGGAUCACUGCGAUUUCAAGAAGCUCCGUUCGAUUCUGAUCCGCACCCACAUGCUCGACCUCAUCCACACUACAGAAGAACAGCACUACGAGGCCUACCGUGCCCAGCAGAUGGAGACGCGGAAAUUCGGAGAGGCGCGGCCGCGGAAGCUGGACAACCCCAAGUUCAAGGAGGAGGAGGAGAACCUGCGGAAGCGAUUCACCGAGCAGGUCAAGGUCGAGGAAUCGCGGUUCCGACAGUGGGAGCAGAAGCUUAUCUCCGAGAGAGACCGUCUCAACAAGGAUCUGGAGGCGACCCAUGCCGCUAUCACGGCGCUCAAGGAAGAAAUCGAGUCCCUGCAAGGCUCCUCGACCCGCAGCCAUGGCCGCCGUUAA